UUAGUUUUCUCUUUUGCUGCUAGCUCGUUCUACUGCCAUAUUCGCUGGAUAAAGAUGUUGUCGACUGUCGUCGAGGUCUACCCCCGCUUCAAAGCAAGCAGCACCCAGGAAAGAAGGCUUUGAAAACAGAGAUACCGUGAGCCGUUUGAACAGCAUUCCGCACAGCCGGGUACUUUGCUUGGUCGUAGAAAACGAGGCCUAGCGACGGUGAAUCUUCUUCGCAGUCGGGAGGUGAUGGAAACUGGUGCUUGAGCUCAACGCAUUUUCGGCACGUAGUAAGGGCAUUCGAAUAACAAGCGUACACACGAUAAGUAUGUUCAACAGUUGGACUGAGGUGAAGUCCUACUGUUGUAGAAAGGCUUGAGGGUUCGUGAACUCUUAGGCCGAAGCAGUAACUGCGCGUGUUGUUUAUCGACGAAUGUCCCGUUUCCGUUGCUCUAACUCCGGCAACACGCAUCGUCGCUAUGUGGACUACACAUGUCCUGAACCUUUCCAUGCCUAGGCGUAGCGGAUGCACACUAACCGUCACUGCAGCUGCGCAUUUCGACAACCUCGGCAUCACCAUGGACAAGCGGAAAACUGGUCGCAGGACUCGGCCGGGGGUUGCAUGCAACACAGGAAGCUAUAAUUAUCCAUCUCUCCGUGCUUGCAAAGGCUGCGGCGACCAGCAACGACCUCGCCAGGGCCACCACACGCCGUUCGAAAGGAGCUUCCGUCCGGGGCUGCGGUGAAGUAGCAAAAUUAUUUCGAUGACAACCAGACCACCAAUCAGCUCACCACAUGUCUGAUUGCCGGACGGCUGGGUCGCGGCUCUCAGGGCUGCGUGUACAUGGUGUACGACAAGAGAAUACGCAAGCAAUUCGUCAUGAAACAGAUCGAGUGUGCGGACAAGAGGUCGGCCGACAAAGCCUUUGAUGAGGCUCAAGCUCUAAGUCAGUUGAAACACAAGUACAUUUGCGGAUAUCGGGAAUUCUUUGUCAUGUGGGACCAGAAGAAUCAGUCGAUGAACGUGUGUAUUGUGAUGGACUACUACAAGAUGGGUGAUCUUGAUCAGCUGAUGGAGAGAAAGCGUAAGGAGAAGGAGCCACUGGACGAGAUGAUGAUCAAGAAAUGGACUGGGCAGAUGGUGGACGCCUUGAUCUUCGUCCAUGACAUGGCCGUUAUUCACAGAGACCUCAAGCCUAGCAAUAUCUUCCUGACAGAAGACCUUUCCGUUCGAAUAGGAGAUUUCGGUGUGUCAACAGUGAUGGGAAAUCAGCGAACUAAAACGAGAACUAUCGUCGGUAGCAUGGCGUGGAUGGCACCGGAAGUACUGGAACGACCAUACGACGAACGUAGCGAUGUGUGGUCAUUGGCAUGUAUAAUCCUGGAGAUGACUACGUGUGGUCUCAUGUUGACGAAAGCUGUGCGGGAGGCCUUGCUGGAGAUGAAACAGAUUCCGCAGCGCCUGGAAGAGAUCCUGGACACGAUCAAAGCGGAAUACAGCCCUGAUCUUGGACAUCUUCUGAGGACAAUGUUGCGGCGUAACUUCCACCAGCGACCAUCAGCCAGAGAGCUGAUGGAAGUGGAGUACUGCAGGCAAUGCUUGAUGCUAGUCAAGUCCGAAUAUGUCGAGAAAUAUGAACUCAGUCUUGUUGAAGUGUUCCCGGUUGAUCACGACGCCACGAUUUCCCAGGCAAUAAAUCACAUGGACACACACUCUGAUUCAUCAGGAACCGCGAUUGAUUGUCUGCAGCACCUAUGCACUCUGACUGAAGCCAGAGACAAGUCGAUGACUGACGCUGAGAAGCAAGUGGUUCUACACACAAUGAAGAGAUUCAAGGGAGAUGAGGCCAUACAAACACUGUCCUUGCAGUUGAUGAUACACUUGCUGGAUGCCGAUGAGCAGAGCAGUGAUGACUAUCUGUACAAGAUUGAUGCUGUUCACCCGGUGUGUCUGGCAAUGAGGAAAUUUGGAAACUCUGCUCCGCUACAGACAACAGCAACGGAGCUUCUUAUGGUACUGUCUACUGAUGAGAAUGCUGCGGCUGUUAUCGGCGAGACUGGUGGCGUGCAGGACAUCCUGUCGGCGUUGAGAGCGUUCCCGAACAGUCCCGUCAUUGCCACUAACUGCUGCACUGCCGUCUGGAGCUUGUGUGCAUCCGAGGAGCUGAGUGCCAUUGUCACGGAGGAGAGAGGUAUUCUGGACGUUCGCAACGCCAUGGAUAUCUUCAAAGACCACGUGGAAACGGUGGAGGCCGCCAACUCUGCCAUCUACUCUCUGUCCCUGGAAGAGGAUAACAUCACCAUAAUGUUGGAGAGUGAAGUGAUCUCCUCCAUACUGGCCUGUCUGGUUGUGCAUUUGCAGGACUCUCGCAUUCCACGAGUAGCGUCUCUAGCACUGAGCAGUGUUGUGGAAGUGGAAGGUCAGUGUUUGGAUCAGCUGCUUGCGUUCAAGGAUGCAGCCAGCGGCAUGUCCGGUGCAGAGCUUGUCGUUGAGUCGCUCAAGUUGCACAUGGAGAGCGAGGACACAGCUGGUAACUUGGCAGCUCUGUUGAUGGAUAUGAGUGAUGAUGACGUUGCUGCUGCUCAGCUCAUGAAGGCUGAUGCACCGGCACUACUCGAGAAGACCCGCCAGCUUCAUGCUGCUAAUCAGGAGAUCUGCACUAACUGUCAGAUAGGUAAAGGCCGUCUGCUUGAAAGCGCCGAACGCAGCACAGCUGGUUCUGCCGCCAGCUCCAAGCCGCAGUUGGAACGGGUCGCGUCAAUGACACGUGACAAGGUUGGCAGCCUCCAGCGAUCACGACCCAGCACAGCACGCAGGAGCAGCAGCAUCGAGGUGCCAAAAUAAGUACUAACCCUGGAACAAGGUAGCAUUGAAGUGCCAAAAUACUUGCCCCUGGAACCAUGGUACCAAUCUCACUUGAGAUCUAACAACAAUUAGCAUGCACAACUUUUUUCCAGCUGACACCUUUUGCAAUUGCAUGUUGUGAAUGCAUAUUGCUAUAAUAAUUUGCAGUGACUUUCUUCACUGAUGCAGUGCCAUCAUGGGAUCAUGUUAUCAUGGGAUAUUUUUUAUGUGUUGUCAUAGUGACACUGAGGUGAUUUUGCCACUGAUGGCACCUGAUGCUGCUGAUCCAUGCAUUCUGUCGUUUUUUGUAUUUUAUUUUUGGAGUAAAUCUUGCAUGCAACCUUUUCAUCACUACCUCUUCAUUUCCAUACUUUCAACACCAAUCCAUGCAUUCAACGCCAACCGAGGUGCUAAAAUUAUUUCUUUCGGCGUUCGAAGUCAUAAUAUGUGUACGCUAGAGAAUAAUAUAUUUUUCAAUGUCAACAUAUUUCAAACAUUGCGCUAGCUGCUCAAAACCAUUGUCCUAAUUAUUUUGUUCAAUUAUGGAUGGAAUUAAAUCUUUUAGAAGAAGAUAGAAAAAUUCAAUUUGCGCAUUUAGAAAAUUUCAAUGAACGAACCAUAUUUCUCAGAUUGA